CGCGUACCGCGUACCGUAUCUAUCAUGUGCUCACUGGAGGAACUGCAAAUCCCAGCCCCACUGUGGAGACGCUCACGCGCCAGUAGGUGGAGGUAAUGUGCCACUUUUGGACAAACACCGCCGUGAAGCCACAGAGAGGAAGACGGAGGCUGCGGCAGUGGCGUCAGCUCCAGCCGCUCCAACAGACUGCGCCACUGUUUGGUCCGAAGCGCAGUGUGAACGCGCACAUGGCGCACUGGAACAUGGCCCAAGUGAAGCUGAAGCAGGAGUCAGAGCUGUGCGAGCCGAAGGAGCCGAAGGAGCCGAAGGACAGGGACAACAGUGUGGACGGUCGGUGCACGGAGGACCCAUACUGCAUCGGUGUUCAGAUAUUAGAAGACUCCUCUUCAGCUCCAUGUGACAUUAAGGAAGAACAAGAGGAAGUGAACCUGGAGUGUCCGUACAUCAGUGUUAUAGUGAAGAGUGAAGAGGAGGAUGCACAGGAGGACGCAGAGGAGGACAGUGACGGAGCAGAGCCAGGUGAAGCACACUCCUCUGACACAGAUGACUCUGAAGCCUGGACAGCUGAAAGUCUCACUCCACAAACAGAGCUGACUGAACAGCUGCAGGGGUCGGCUCUCAGUGACGGCAUUAGUGGAGACGUAAGUGAUGCUGCCGACCCAACCAAACCUCACAAAUGCCCUCACUGUGGGAAGGUGUAUCGCUUCUUAACAUUCUUAAAGACACACAUGAGGACGCACACUGGAGAGCGACCCUUCGAAUGUUCAGUCUGUGCCAAGAACUUUGUGUCCAAGUGCAAUCUAAAAGUACACAUGAGAAUCCACACGGAGGAGAAACCAUACAGGUGUACAGUUUGUGACAGGGGGUUUAAGUAUGACAACAGUCUCAAAGCGCACAUGAACACACACUUGGAAGAAAAGCCAUUCAAGUGUUCUCUUUGCCCCAAAGAAUUUUCAACAGAACAUCUUCUCAAACUGCAUAUGAAGACACAUACGGGAGAUAGAGCUUUCGUCUGCUCCUACUGCUCUAAGGCCUUCACGCAAAAAAGUAUUUUACGGAUACACAUGAGGACACACACAGGAGAGAAACCGUACAAGUGUUCACUUUGUGACAAAGAUUUCAUAGUGAAGAGUCAUCUAACACAACACAUGAUAACCCACACAGGAGAGAGACCUUUCAGGUGUCCUAUCUGUGACAAAGCCAUCAUCGACAGGGCUCGACUAAGACAACACAUGACCUAUCACACUGGAGUGACACCGUUCAAAUGUACUGUAUGUGGAAAGGGGUUCGGCACACAAGGGAAUCUCACGAUACACAUGAGAAUCCACUCUGAAGAGAAACCUUACAGCUGUUUGAUUUGCGCAAAAGCAUUUAAAUACGACAACAGUCUCAAAGCACACAUGAAGACGCACACAGGCGAAAGACCUUUCAGGUGUUCGGUUUGCUCCAGGGGUUUUACAGAGAAGAGUAAAGUCAAUCAGCACAUGAGGAUCCACACACGUCAGCAGUCCUUCAGCUGUCCAGUCUGUGCCAAGAGUUACAUUCAGAAGAGCCGCUUCGAGAUCCACAUGAAGACGCACGCACAGUGAUGUGGGUCAGAAGGUGUGUGAGAGGAACUUGUGACACACACACAGGCAGCACUGAAGGAAAUACUCAAGUUACUUUCUCAAGUAAAGUCAAAAAUAUUUAUGCAGGAGUAAAAUUAUAACAUAGAUCUACUUAAAGAUGCAUCAUGUACUUUUUUUCACCAACUGCUUGUAUUGUAUCAGUCAUCUGUCUCCACGGAGACAAGCAGGUGACCACAGCUGGUCAACAAGUUACAGGUCAGAUCUGUGGAGAGGCGAUCAUGUGAACAGUAAUUUCUUUGAGGUAUUUUUGAGCAAUAACACACCAGUAAACACCAGUUGGAUUACUGCAUUUUUCCUGUUUGUUGCUGGAUUAUGUAACACAGUGGCAGGAGGAACAGUGCUGCUUCUGUGCACAGCCAUAGGCUGUGAGCGAGAACUAAGCAGGGACUUGACUUUACUCCUCUCAGCUUUGCGUCGAGAGGGUGACUCAAGGCUUUUCUCCCAUAGCUUGCCUCCAAAAGUUCAUUCUGCCACAGGUGUGAUAACAGAAGAUGUAGCUUUGUCUCGAACCAUCUGUCCAUACCAGCGUCUGUCUAAGCCUUGGUACAAAUGGUACAAGCACACAAAGGUGGACUGAUCUUCCAGUGUUGCUGUAUGCACAUGUUUUCAAUAUCGCAUCAUUUCACAUCAUUAUAAUUUUGUGUUAUGUUUUAAUGUGAAAACGAUCAUGAAAUCAUGUGAUACUAUCAGGCAGUGUGAACAUUUUGUGUCCAGUAAUAAAUGAUCACAUCAUUUCAUGAUAGUAGGAUUUCUCAUGUGUUGCUGUAGGCACCUGUUAAAGACUAAAAAAUACUCCACACAUUAAAAAUAGUACUUGAGUAAAUAAACGAUGUACUUUAAUUUGAUUACACCAUGAUGUAUCUGUCAAGUCACAGUUCCAUAUCUGACCAAUGAGCACAGGUGAGAGACUUGUGGAUACAUAUGGACAUCCUCAGUUCACAAACAGAAUCCAGUCCAGGUCUGAGUGAGUUAAAGCUGGUCCAGAUCCUGCUGGGACUGUGGGGAGCUCACCAGGUCCUUUGGGCGAACAGAAGGACUGUGGGGUGGGCAGUUGACUGGACACACAUUUGAGGCCUUGUCACAGUCGUGUGUGACUUGUGGAAACAGAGGUUUGCUUCUGUAACGUGCGAGACUCAGUGUUUGUCUAUUGUUUUUACUCAAGCAUUAGUGUAUUAAACCAAAUGAAAGAAUCAAAACAUG